AUGUCAGGUGAGGAGGGGUCUUUGGUCAAGUGAUGAUGUCCACGCAUGAUGAUUCUGCCAGUGUUCAUCACUGGGAAAAGGAGACGACUUGCAUCAACAAGGUAUUCCAUCUUUCAAUCAGACUGCAAUAACACAUUGAAAGCACUCACUAACUGUAAGUCGCUCUGGAUAAGAGCGCCUGCUAAAUGACUAAAAUGUAAAUGUAAAGUGGCAUAGCUAUGUGUUAUGUUAUUUCUGAUGUCCACAUCAUUGUUAGUAACUAAAUUAACACACGACAGUGUCUAUUGCCCACUUUCUAGCUGUCGAGUCAAUACUUUUUGUUUAGGUAAUUUUUGAGAAGUCUGGUAGUGUCGUCCUGGAGGUAUCAAACCAUAAUCAUUAUGAAUGUUUUCACCUGUAACCAGUAACAACUUUGUAUUUCAGUCCUUGCCUCAUUCCCACUGUGUCAGCUGACAGAAGAAGACCUGACCCAGAAUCCUCUAUUCUGCAAACUCCUGGCAACGCUGUCACAGCAUGUGGACCUCACUGGCCUUACUGUCACAAUGAAGAGAGAGCUGGAGAAGGUACAACACACAGACACACAACUUAUCAUCAAUAAGUGCUCCAAACCUUAGUAUCUCAAGACAUAUUGUAAGAAUUAAACAAGUGCUUGGCUCAGGCUCACAUUUAAACAUGCUGGUACAUCUAAGAGUAUUAAAUUGUCCCUCUCAUAAUAAUACAAUUGCAGUUCUACUACUGUGAGAAAUUAGACUGUUGUGUUAUUACACUGUACUGGAGCUGUUGUCAUUUGAGCUGCCACGGAGUCGUUGUUUCUAUUUAAGACCAUGUUUUAGACUUAGGACUACUCUGUGUGAGGGUGCAUGUUAUGUGAAUGGCUUUAAAUGGCUGAGAUUAUGUUGUUUAAAUCCAGGCUGAGAGGGACCUGCAGACACAGAGGCUUAGCUGGCUGCGCUCAGAGAGCAUGUACAGGCUACUGCAGGAGAUGAUCCAGGAGAACUGUGUCAGAAAGCAUCACUCCACUGUAGCCCCAGAGGAUGACACGGUACAAUACAGAACAAUACUCAUUGCUCAAUGGACUCUACUAUACAGAACUCUAGUCUGCUCUGUUCUUGUUGCGUGUCUUGCAGAGCAGCACACAGUACACUUACUGUAGUAGUAUGAUCCCUUCUUUAGCUAAAACCCAUUAAUGCAAAAUUAUAUAUAUAUACUGUAGGUGUAGAUAUAACUAAGUAGUUCAUUAUUUAUGUAGUUUAAACACCCAGUGUGAAUUUGAUUUCCGAAAUGUUACUUUUGUUGAAAUUGAUCCUUCAAGGUACUGUAUAAUCUUAGAAUAAACCUAAUUCUGGUUUUCCCCUGGUAGUUCUAUAAGACUGUGGAGCAGUGUCUGGUGGUGGCCCAGUGUGUCAGGCAGCUGGACCCUAGUGCCACCACCAGCCAAGACCAACCCCCUGUUCUAGGACUGAGUGCCCAACAGGUGCUCGAGCUGAUGCCACAAGAGCAGGUAGGUACUCUUUGUCCGUGAGGCUGAUACUUAAACUCUAUUAAUAAUUAUUUGUUAUAUUUUUUAUAGCUCUUUCAUAGAAUCUCAAAGCGCUUCAAGAGCAAGCAACAAACAAGCAAUAUAUCAUGAAAGGUCAACCUAUAGAGGCCAAGUCUUUGAAAGCUGCAUCCUCCGAAGAUGGAGAGGGACAGUUAAUGGCUAGAGCAGAGAGAGCUAGUGCUUUUCCUAUUUAGGUACACUAUCACACACAUGCUGCUUCUCUACAUCUUUGGUAACUGCUCCCACUCACAGACUAAAUAUGUUUUAUGAACUAUUUUCUUGGACUUAUUCAUGUUUCUCUAAACAGGAUGUGUGGAAAAUGAAACAGCGACUGCCUAGAGAACUAGAAAAGCAUCUAAAGAAGAAAUGUUUCAUCAUCCUCUCCUACUAUCAGCCUGAAUGGGGUAAAGAGACACCAGAUUUUUACCAAAACGUAGAUAUGUAGCUUAUAUACACUGCUCAAAAAAAUAAAGGGAACACUAAAAUAACACAUCCUAGAUCUGAAUGAAUGAAAUAAUCUUAUUAAAUACUUUUUUCUUUACAUAGUUAAAUGUGCUGACAACAAAAUCACACAAAAAAUAUUGGAUUUGGAGUCACCCUCAAAAUUAAAGUGGAAAACCACACUACAGGCUGAUCCAACUUUGAUGUAAUGUCCUUAAAACAAGUCAAAAUGAGGCUCAGUAGUGUGUGUGGCCUCCACGUGCCUGUAUGACCUCCCUACAACGCCUGGGCAUGCUCCUGAUGAGGUGGCGGAUGGUCUCCUGAGAGAUCUCCUCCCAGACCUGGACUAAAGCAUCCGCCAACUCCUGGACAGUCUGUGGUGCAACGUGGCGUUGGUGGAUGGAGCGAGACAUGAUGUCCCAGAUGUGCUCAAUUGGAUUCAGGUCUGGGGAACGGGCGGGCCAGUCCAUAGCAUCAAUGCCUUCCUCUUGCAGGAACUGCUGACACACUCCAGCCACAUGAGGUCUAGCAUUGUCUUGCAUUAGGAGGAACCCAGGGUCAACCGCACCAGCAUAUGGUCUCACAAGGGGUCUGAGGAUCUCAUCUCGGUACCUAAUGGCAGUCAGGCUACCUCUGGCGAGCACAUGGUGGCCCCCCAAAGAAAUGCCACCCCACACCAUGACUGACCCACCGCCAAACCGGUCAUGCUGGAGGAUGUUGCAGGCAGCAGAACGUUCUCCACGGCGUCUCCAGACUCUGUCACGUCUGUCACAUGUGCUCAGUGUGAACCUGCUUUCAUCUGUGAAGAGCACAGGGCGCCAGUGGCGAAUUUGCCAAUCUUGGUGUUCUCUGGCAAAUGCCAAACGUCCUGCACGGUGUUGGGCUGUAAGCACAACCCCCACCUGUGGACGUCGGGCCCUCAUACCACCCUCAUGGAGUCUGUUUCUGACCGUUUGCGCAGACACAUGCACAUUUGUGGCCUGCUGGAGGUCAUUUUGCAGGGCUCUGGCAGUGCUCCUCCUGCUCCUCCUUGCACAAAGGCGGAGGUAGCAGUCCUGCUGCUGGGUUGUUGCCCUCCUACGGCCUCCUCCACGUCUCCUGAUGUACUGGCAUGUCUCCUGGUAGCGCCUCCAUGCUCUGGACACUACGCUGACCGACACAGCAAACCUUCUUGCCACAGCUCGCAUUGAUGUGCCAUCCUGGAUGAGCUGCACUACCUGAGCCACUUGUGUGGGUUGUAGACUCCGUCUCAUGCUACCACUAGAGUGAAAGCACCGGCAGCAUUCAAAAGUGACCAAAACAUCAGCCAGGAAGCAUAGGAACUGAGAAGUGGUCUGUGGUCACCACCUGCAAAACCAGUCCUUUAUUGGGGGUGUCUUGCUAAUUGCCUAUAAUUUCCACCUGUUGUCUAUUCCAUUUGCACAACAGCAUGUGACAUGUAUUGUCAAUCAGUGUUGCUUCCUAAGUGGACAGUUUGAUUUCACAGAAGUGUGAUUGACUUGGAGUUACAUUGUGUUGUUUAAGUGUUCCCUUUAUUUUUUUGAGCAGUGUAUAUAGGAUCUUACUUCUGACUGUGUGUGUCUUACUAUGUAAUGGACACUGACAGUCAGCAAAUGUGGUAGUAUUUAUUUAGCUUUAUGGCAUAAUGUGGCAGUAUUUGGCUUUAUGGCAUAGCAGCUCACCUGUAUGUGUGUGAAUGGUGAAACAUACCACUCCUUUCUUUCUUGGGCAGAGAACGAAAGUGAAGGGCUGAAGAACAUGAAGCUGUCUCGCUUGUCUGGCCUCCUGGAGAGCGAAAGGAAAAGAGCAGAGAGUCUGAAGGAGAAGAGCCGUGAGAGUGCCGCCCUGCUGCAAAGGCAGACUCACUGCUACCUCUCUGUAAGAGACUCGCACCACAUGGUUUGAUGUAUUACUCUAACAUGUUGCGAUCUUCACUCACGAUCGACGUGUUCUCUCUCCAGGAGCUGUUAGGGUGCAUCCAGAUUCUCCAGUCCCUGAUCCUGGACCACAGGCUGAAAGCCCAGAAAGAGCUGGACAGGAAAAAGAUUGAGUACUUUGAGGCCAAAUGUGAGAUCAUAAUGCAGAAGAUCAGGUGCGAUAGUCCCCCCUGUGUUCACACCUACUGUACACUGGGAUCCUUCAAAUGCAAUUCACUGUGUUAGGAAUCAGUAAUGUUCAGUUUUCGUGACUAUUUUACGUCUCCUUAACUAUGUCUUUUCACAACAGAGCUGAGAUGUUGGAAAUUCAGCUGGAUACCUACACAGCAGACACAAUAUCUGCCCAUAAAAAAAUAAGGUGAGUCAAAUGCUUUAGCUGCCCAUCAACUCAAGACGUCAUUACCAUAUCAACCACUGGGGGGGGGGGGGAUCUCAACACCAGAGGGGUAUACUACAAAGUAGGAUCAAGGAGUUAGCUAGCUAACUUGCCUUAAUAUUCUGAAAUAAUUGUUUAUAUUUUAGAAAGAUAGACCAUGGCCCUUUCAAGGUUAACUGGCUCAACCACCAAAAACACAUAUCUUGGUUUAGCGUUCUUAAUGAACCAUACAAUCAAUGAUUAUUUCUGGUUGUUUAUCAAUUGUAGCUCAAUUGGUAGAGUAUGGCGCUUGUAACGCCAGGGUAGUGGGUUCGAUCCCCGGGACCACCCAUACGUAAAAAUGUAUGCGUCUGCUAAAUGGCAUAUUAUAUUAUUAUUAUUAUUAUUAUAAAGUUAACCGGCUAAUUCAUUGAUCUUUCUUUGUAGUAUAACCCUCUACUCUUAUCAGUCACUUAUGUUGUUUUUCACAGCUAUUUUCAGCUAGUCUUUAGAUGGCCAUGCUUGAACAGAUCAAGUGGAAAUAUAAGCCUAAUCAGAACUGAUAAACAUAUAUAUGCUAUUAGUUCUCAAUAGAAUCAAUCAAAUUUGUGUUAAGAAAGUGCCAUACUUCUGUCCAUUCUAGCAUGGCCAUAUAUACUGAACAAAAUACAAACGCAGGUCCCAUGUUUAAUGAGUUGAAAUAAAAUAUCCUAUGAAUGUUCCAUACUCAAAAAGCUUGUUAGCCCGUUAGUGAGCAUUUCUCCUUUGCCAAGAUAAUCCAUCCACCUGACAAGUGUGGCAUAUCAAGAUGCUUAUUAAACAGCAUGAUCAUUAUACAGGUGCACCUUGUGCUGGGGACAAUGAAAGGCCACUCUAAAAUGUGCAGUUUUGUCACACAACACAAUGCCACAGAUGUCUCAAGUUUUGAGGGCGCGUGCAAUUGGCAUGUUCACUGCAGGAAUGUCCACCAGAGCUGUUGCCAGAUAAUUUAAUGUUCAUUUCUCAACCAGAAGCCGCCUCCAACGUAGUUUUAGAGAAUUUGGCAGUAUGUCCAACCAGCUUCACGACCGCAGACCACGUGUAACCAUGCCAGCCCAGGACCUCCACAUCCGGCUUCUUCACCUGCGGGAUCGUCUGAGACCAUCCACCCGGACAGCUGAUGAAACUGUAGGUUUACAUAACCAAGAAUUUCUGCACAAACUGUCAGAAACCGUCUCAGGGAAGCUCAUCCGCAUGCUCGUCGUCCUCACCAGGGUCUUGACCUGACUGCAGUUCGGCGCCGUAACCGACUUCAGUGGACAAAAUGCUUACCUUCGAUGACCACUGGCAUGCUGGAGAAGUGUGCUAUUCACGGAUGAAUCCCGUUUUCAACUGUACUGGGCAGAUGGCAGCCAGUGUGUAUGGCGUUGUGUGGGUGAGUGGUUUGCUAAUGUCAAUGUUGUGAACAGAGUGCCCCAUGGUGGCGGUGGGGUUAUCGUAUGGGCAGGCAUAAGCUACAGACAACAAACACAAUUGCAUUUUAUCUACGGCAAUUUGAAUGCACAGAGAGACCGUGACGAGAUCCUGAGGCCCAUUGUCGUGCCAUUCAUCUGCCGCCAUCACCUCAUGUUUCAGCAUGAUAAUGCACUGCCCCAUGUCGCAAGGAUCUGUACAUAGUUCCUGGAAGCUGAAAAUGUCCCAGUUCUUUCAUGGCCUGCAUACUCACCAGACAUGUCACCCAUUCAGAAUGUUUGGGAUGCUUUAGAUGGAUGUGUACGACAGUGUGUUCGAGUUCCCGCCAAUAUCCAGCAACUUCACACAAUCAAUCAUCAAUCAUUUUUUCCCACCAGAUAUUGACUGAUUUUCUGAUCCACGCCCAAACUUUUUUUAAAGGUAUCUGUGACCAACAACUGUAUUCCCAGUCACGUGAAAUCCAUAGAUUGGGGCCUAAAUUAAUUUAUUUCAAUUGACUGAUUUCCUUGUAUGAACUGUAAAUCUUUGAAAUUGUUGCGUUUUAUAUUUUUGUUCAGUGUAGUUACACCUGCCUCUCGCACUCAAUACUUGUUCUUGUUUGUCUUCAUUGCAGGGAGAAGCUAGAAAUACAGCUGAACGCCUCCCAGUUAGAGAAGCAGUCUGUGGAGUGCAAACUGUCGUCCUUUGAGAUAUUUGGCAAGGAAUUUGAGGCUCUAGCCGAGGAAUAUUCCAGACUGCGUCAGGAGAUUGACACCAAGACUUGGGCUCUGAAGGAAUUCUCUCAGCACACGGACUAACUUGGAAUUGAUGUCAGACUGUUCUGUUUUAGAAAAACACAGUGAAGAGUCUUGUCCAGAUGUUUUCAAGCGAAUUCUCUUAACACUUUUGUUGACUAGCUAAUUCCAGUGUAUAUAAAAUGUAUGAUUAGCCGGUGUUGUCUUGAUUGUUGUUCAUUGUAAUAAUCCCACCCUGAUAUGACAUAACAGUACAUUCAGAAUCCUACAUUUUCAUGUAAUUGUUGGCAUUUCUUGCCUAAAUUUGCCCACUUUGAUGAAAGAUGGAGAUGAAUUGGUCUUUCUGCCCAUCAUUUCAUUU